GCUGCCGCCUUCCCUUGGGUCGCCCACUCCGUUGGCAUGUCCAAGAGGGACUUCGAUGGCGAGAGCUUGACCCGCGAUGUUGAACGUCGAGAUGAUCAACAGACUUGCGGUUUCAACCCGAACCAUGUCCCAGCCCAGGGCAUCACCACACAGUAUCCAUACUGCGGUGCCAAGUACCCACUUCCUGGUACCCAGGUCUGCACCAACAACCUUGUGCCAGCAAAGGGUGACACUGCUCACGCCUACAUGAAACCAAAGAGCACCGAUAUCCGUGGACCAUGCCCGGGUCUGAACACCGCCGCCAACCACAACUUCCUGGCCAGAGAUGGCAUUACUACCUUUGGCGAGCUCGUCGACGCCCAGCAGAACGUCUACGGCGUGGGCUACGACCUUGCUGUCCUCCUCGCCACUCUCGGCGUGGGUCUUGAUGGAGAUCCAGUCACCAUGAAGCUCUCUCUAGGAUGUGAUGCCACCACCCGAACAGCCACCCCAGGCCUCGGUCCAGAGCCAGGUCUCAACGGCCACAACAAGUUCGAAGGCGACACCUCACUCACCCGCAACGACUACUUCCUCAACAACGGCGACAACUACAAAUUCAACACCACCCUCUACAACCAGAUGAUCCAACAGUGCUCCGUCGGAGGCGUCAACACCGCCGGCUGCAACGAGGCCAACAUCGCCCGCUACCGCAAGCAGCGCUACGAUGAUUCCGUCGCCCACAACGGAAAUUUCUACUACGGUCCCAAAUCCCUCCUCUUGUACGGAGCCGCGUCUUUCCUGUACGAACUCUUCCCCUCCAAGGGCGAGUUGGGAACUCCCGACAAGCAAACCAUGGACUACUUCUUCAAAAACGAGCAACUCCCCCAAAACUGGUUCUCCCGUGUCGACCCCUACUCCAUCCCCCUCGUCGCUGCCGAGAUUUUCAAGCAAUACGAGGCCUACCCCGUCGCGUUCGGCGGGAACACCGGCAAGCCAAACUCCUUCGUUGGGCUCGGUCAGUUCGGUCCUUCGAUUUCUAACAACAUGUUCAACGGUACCGCUGCGGGUGUUGCUUGCUUGCUUUACCAGAUCGCUACGGAGAACGUCCCGUCUGCUCUCGGUGGGGGUGGAAAUACGGCUUUCACUACCGUCCCACAGGCGAAUCUGGACUUCAUGAGGAAGAUGGUUAAUCCCAUCUUCGCGAGCUCUAACAUGACCGCUUUUGCUGCUUGCCCGAUUGUCGCUCCGUCUGGCACUGGGGGGAAUGGC